AUGUUUUGCCUGCAACAGAUUUCGAAGACUUUUAUAAGAAGCGGCCUGAAACUAAAUCAGAAUGCUCUAAGACUAUCUUCCACUACUCCGGUUACAGGGGGAUAUAAUUUUGUACUGAGCGAAACGCAAAAAGAAUUUCAAGAACUAGCCAGAAAAUUCACCAGAGAAGAAAUCUUACCUGUUGUACCAAAAUAUGACGCAUCCGGCGAAUAUCCUCACGAUCUUCUCAAAAGAGCUUGGAGCCUCGGUUUAACCAACGGUCACAUACCCGAAGAAUAUGGGGGUUUGGGCUUGGGAGUAUUCGAUGGCUGUAUAAUAGGCGAGGAAAUCGCCUGGGGCUGCUCCGGAAUAUUAUCCGCACUCGAAGGCAGCGGAUUAGGACAAACGCCUGUUAUCGUGGCGGGUAAUCACGAGCAAAAGAAGAAAUACUUAGGAAGAUUGACUGAAGAGCCUUUAGUGGUUGCUUAUGCAGUCACCGAACCCGGGGCAGGUUCCGAUGUGAACGGACUGAAAACUAACGCGGUAAAAAAGGGCGACGAGUGGAUUCUUAACGGACAGAAAAUGUGGAUCACUAACGGUGGAGUUGCUAAUUGGUACUUUGUACUGGCUCGCACUAAUCCCGAUCCGAAAGCGCCUGCUAGUAAGGCUUUUACUGGAUUUAUCGUGGAGAGAGAUUGGCCUGGAGUUACACCAGGAAGAAAGGAAAUCAACAUGGGUCAAAGAGCUUCCGAUACCAGAGGUAUAACGUUCGAAGACGUGAGAAUCCCCAAAGAAAACGUGCUGUUAGAAGAAGGACAGGGAUUCAAAAUCGCCAUGAAAACUUUCGAUUAUACCAGACCACCAGUGGCUGCCGGUGCGACAGGUUUAGCUCAACGCUGCUUGGACGAGGCCACUAAAUACUCCUUGGAAAGAAAAGCGUUCGGUGUGCCGAUUUGCCAGCACCAAGCCGUGGCCUUCAUCUUGGCUGAUAUGGCGAUAGCCGUGGAAACGGCCCGUUUGGCUUGGAUGAAAUCUGCUUGGGAGGUGGACCAAGGUAUCAGAAAUACCUUGACGGCUUCGGUUGCGAAGUGUUAUGCAGCCGAUGUGGCCAACAAGUGCGCCUCUGACGCUGUGCAAAUAUUCGGUGGUAACGGGUUCAAUACGGAGUACCCGGUGGAGAAGCUCAUGAGAGAUGCUAAGAUUUAUCAAAUUUACGAGGGAACCUCGCAGAUACAGAGGUUGAUUAUUUCUAGGACGAUUCUGGAUCAGGCCAAACAGGCCGCUUAG